UUGUUGUGGGGUGUUACUGUGAAUCUCAUUGGCGGAGGGAAGAUUCUGCCGGAGAUCGAAGUUUCCCUGUCAUUCACCAUCAUUCAAAUCAAGGAGAUCCUGGCCUCCCGCCUCAGUAUCACGACUUCAAGGCAACAAAUGUUUUAUGAUGGCACUCAUAUCAACAACAAUGAAACACUCGAGUCAUAUGAGUUCGAAAAUGAUGAUGAAUCUGAUGUGGAGCUGAAUCUUAAGGUGAAGCCACUGCAUGAUGAUCGCAAGAUCAAAUCGAGGCAAGGAAUAACUAUUUUAUCAAAAGGAAGACUAUCGAAGUGUGCGAGAAUGACACUAUACGUAGCUGAUUUGAAGAGGAAAUUAACAAAGAAAAUGAAGACUAUUGCUUCCCUUCUAACUUUGUCAUGUCAAGACGACCAACCCUCCUCCUUCCAUCACCAGCAGCCGGCCAUCUUCAACCUUCCUCGGCGACAACAAUGGAGGUCUUUCUCUGACUACCCUCCUCACCUUCUCGGCGAAGAUGACGGCCUCCUCCCCUUCCCGAUGACGACGACGAAGAAUCUAAGGAAUGACAAGGACGAAGAGACUGUAUCCUGCGGUUCCAACAGGGAAGAGACUUGCAAGCUAUGUUUCUAGGGUAGAAGUAGGGGUAUGUCAGACUCUUUCCUCAAGUAAGGGUACCAGCAAGAAACAGCGUCGUGAGAGCCGGGAUAAGAACAACAAGAUAGGGGAAGAGGAAACGUACCGAUGAUGUUAGGGCAAGAAGUACAUCCCACAAACAAUUCUUAGUGACUUCAAUAGUUGCAUUUGCUGGAUAUUUUAUAGUUGUUGGCAUUUCCCUUUUUUUAUAACACAUUGUACUGCACGGU